GAUAGGCUGGUGGAGAGGGGGAACUGCAGCAGAGUAGCACCGCUGUCAGGAAACAGAAGCCCACUACGAAUGCAACUCGCAUAACCAGCCGAACGAGGACGGUUUACCUGCGUGAUUUACCAUGACAACUGAAUCAGGCGCAGACUCAGAGGCCAAGCAGCCGCAGGAGAACAAGGAGACGGAGAAGGGGAAAGCUAAAGCAGCAUCCCAGCCCAGCCAGGCAGCAGCUGAACCCACCUCGCCUCAGAACCAGCCGGAGCAGCUUCCAGCCGCUGCCGGACACAGCACCCCGGCCAGGAAAGAACAGGAGCAGCAGGAAGAGGACCAGGUAUCUCACAGGUCGUCCACCAGUCGUCUGUCCAAGUCUCCUUUGAGAGGAGUGAAGAAGGUGAAGAUCAUGCAGUGUAAAGUCACCCUGCUGGACGGCUCCGACUACACACUCAAUGUGGAGAAAAGAGCCAAGGGCCAAGUGCUCUUUGAUAAAGUGUGUGAUCACCUUAAUCUCCUGGAAAAAGACUACUUUGGAAUCACAUACAGAGAUGUUGAGAACCAGAAGAAUUGGCUGGACCCUUCCAAGGAGCUGAAGAAGCAGAUUAGGACUGGUCCUUGGAACUUUGCCUUCAAUGUAAAGUUUUACCCUCCAGACCCCUCCCAGCUGACUGAGGAUAUCACAAGGUACUACCUGUGCCUGCAGCUAAGAGAUGAUGUGGUUUCGGGUCGCCUGCCGUGCUCCUUUGCCACCCACACGGUACUGGGCUCCUACACAGUGCAGUCUGAACUGGGAGACUACGACCCUGAGGAGCUGGGCAGCGACUACGUCAGCGAACUGCGCUUCGCACCCAACCAGACCAAAGAGCUAGAGGAGAAGGUCAUGGAACUCCACAAGACCUACAAGGGGAUGACACCAGCCGAAGCAGAGUUACACUUCCUGGAAAACGCCAAGAAGCUGUCCAUGUACGGUGUGGACCUCCACCAUGCCAAGGACUCCGAGGGUGUGGAGAUCAUGCUGGGAGUUUGUGCAAGUGGCCUCCUCAUCUACAGAGACAGGUUGCGGAUCAACCGGUUCGCCUGGCCCAAAAUCCUCAAGAUCUCUUACAAGAGGAACAACUUUUACAUCAAAAUCAGGCCUGGUGAGUUCGAGCAGUUUGAAAGCACAAUCGGCUUCAAGCUUCCAAAUCAUCGCGCUGCCAAAAGGCUCUGGAAAGUCUGCGUUGAACACCACACCUUCUUCAGGCUCGUAUCCCCUGAGGCUCCCCCGAAGAAGUUCCUGAGCCUCGGCUCCAAGUUUCGCUACAGCGGCAGAACACAGGCUCAGACCCGCAGGGCCAGCUCUCAGAUCAUCAGACCCGCACCGCUCUUUGAACGCUCCUCCAGCAAACGCUACAACAUGUCCCGCAGCUUAGAUGGAGCUCCCAUAAUGGAGAACCACGAGACUCUGAUGAAGGACGGUGCCGCUGACGGGGCAGCCAAAGUCAUCGCCAAGGGAGACAUCAUCACCACGGUAACGACAGAGAAGAAAGCGGAGGAAGAGAAGGCGGAGCAGGAAGACGCUCAGAUGAAGGCUGCAGAGACGCCAGAACCCGCUGCCACCACACCACUCAGACAAGACACAAAGCACUCCCCUCGUGUAUACACAACCGACCCCCUCCGCUCUGAGCUCUCACUCCCCUCAUCUCCUGUUUCAUCAACUAAAGUACGGCGGAGGCGCAGGGAGAAUGCACGCAAGCGGGCCUCAUCAGUCAGUCCAGCCAAGAGCAGCGCUGGGUGCCGCCGCCGGCAAGCCCACGCCGAUCGCAAGGCAGCCCUGCUGGAGGAGCAGGCACUGCUGCUCUCAGCCCGCAAGCAGAGGCUGGAGCAGGGCAAGAGCCGCGGUGGCACGCUCUUCUCCUUCUCCCUGCACCUGCCCGACCUGUCCUCCAUCCUGGAUGAGGACGGCUACCUCACCUUCCCCGACCUGUCAGAGAUGCGCUUCCUCCCUGAGUGCGCACAAAACUUUCUCCCCAUUAAGUCACCUUCACUCAUCCCUUGCUUCCUCUUCAUCUUCUUCUUCCUGCUCUCCACCUCCUUCUCCGUCCCCUAUGCCCUCACCCUCUCCUUUCCCCUGGCGCUGUGCCUCUGCUACCUGGAGCCCAAGGCAGCCUCCCUGACCGCCUCCAUAGCCCAGGGCUACCAUGACCAUGACAGUUCAGAGGAAGAGGAGACUGACAGCGAACAAACUGAUUUUGCCUUUGAUGGAGAGAUGACCGCCACAGAGUCGGAAGCUGAUGAGGAUUCUGAGAUGCGGACUCAGUAUAGUUUCAUAAGACGAGUAAAAGGGGAAAACGUUUUUAUCAGGCAUAGUAAUCUGAUGCUAGAGGACACUGAACCCCCAGCGGAGAUGGUCAAGCACCAAACUAACAUCAGCGAACUAAAGCGUUCCUUCCUGGAGACCGACGGCAGCACGCUGGGCCUGACAGAAUGGGAGAAGAGACUCUCCUCGUCCCCUGCUCGCUCACCCAGAGCAGAUGAAGCACCAAUGAUAGAGCCUCUGGAGCCGCAGGAUACUAAAGAUGAGCAGCCUGCAGGAGAUGAGACAGAGAAGGAGGCGGAACCUAAAGCCACCGAGGCGACAGGAUAUCUGGUGAAAUACGUGGUGGACAGUAUCGUAACAGAUGGGGCCACCUCCUCUGGGCCUCACGGGAUUAGUCUGUCAACCACUAUGGACGACGACGUCUUCAUGGACGGGACCCUCAGAGAGAUAGAGGAGAAGACGCCUGACUCCCAGGAAGAGGUGUCAGAGAAAUCAGUGGUGAAGGUCAGUCCCGGAGCUGUCAGACAGGAAGUGUCCCAGGCCAUCAGUGACAAGAAAGGGACGCUCAUUAUUUUGAAGGAGGCAGAGGAUAAAGUGGACACCGAGGGCAACGAGAUGAGUGUUUUGGGUGAAAAAGAGGAGCCUGUCGUCCCUGGAGUGCCUGGCGCUGAGGAGAAAGAAUUGCUGUCUGCUUUUAAAGAGAAAGAAACUAUCAAAGAAGACACUACUGUUGUUAUAGAAGCCCAAACCACAGUAGUCAAGACACUGAGUCCGAAGAUUGAGAUAAAAACUGAUGACGUGACUCAAAUUAAAGGCAUUGACUCGCCUAAAAAGGCCAUGGCAUCGUGGAUUUCUGAGGAGGUGAAGACUGAGGCAUCAGAGGUCACCGGUGUGUCUACACAGGAAGUCAGAGAGAUGAAAACUUCUGCCAGUCUGCCGCAGGAAGCAGAAACCUUCACCUUUGAAGGAGUCCAGACCAAACGGUCAAAGUCCGGCCUGACUCAAAUUACAGUUUCUGAAUCUUCAACUACGUCCUUAGCAGUGUCUACGCUGGGAUGGGUUUCCUCCUCUCAAAAGACACCAGCUGAUCCAGAGGAGGAGUCAGUGAUCGCCACGGAGAUAGAGGCAGCGCCAGCCGAGUCGACAGGGCCAACGAGUCUUGAGGUCAGCGAGGCGGGUACCAAAGAGACGCCUGUGAUCCACACAGAGACAAAAACUAUCACCUAUGAGGCUGCGGAGGUUGACACUAAUGGUGACGCCGACCCCGGGGUGUUGCUGAGCGCUCAGACCAUCACCUCGGAAACCACCAGCACCACGACAACCACACACAUCACAAAGACGGUGAAAGGAGGAAUUUCAGAGACAAGAAUCGAGAAGAGGAUCGUCAUCACGGGAGAUGCAGACAUCGACCACGAUCAGGCCCUGGCUCAGGCCAUAAAGGAGGCUAAAGAACAGCAUCCUGACAUGUCAGUGACCAAAGUAGUGGUACAUAAAGAGACAGAGAUCACGCCAGAGGAGGGGGAGGACUGACCCAGGAGUAAGACUGAGGGCUGUUUUCUGUUCAACCUCCCACAAUCCAACAUCCAGAUCUCCUCAUUUUACGCCGGGACUCUCAGAAGACUAGAAAGGCUCCUUACUCUCCAAAUGCUGCAGCUCGCCGCUAGUCGCAACCAUCAUCUGCAAAAUAAAUAAAUGCAUUUUGCAUGAGAAGGACGCAGUGUUGCAUUAUAAAAACAAAUGGCAAGAUUAUACAGAAAACCGUACGAUUUUAAUAAUGGUCGAUCCAUCUGCACGCCGAAUCCCUGUGUGCAGCAGGCAAACCUUUUGCUUUCACUGCCUUAUGACUUUGAUGCAUUUUUAUGAUUAUUGAGAAAAAUUAUUGUAGCAACAUUUUAUUUAUGAAAUAAAGCCAUCACUCCAGAAACUUUAAAUCGCCGUAGGCUGUAUAUGAUAGAGAGAAUACACUAUUUAACCUUGCUGUAGAAGUGCCAACCUUAUUUGCCAGCAAGCAUCACCUCACUCAGUCACUGACACACGCAACCCGAUGAUUUUCCGUGAGGCAGAAAUCACUACAGCCCAGUACUGUACAUAUCAAAGCUUCCCUAGGAAAAUAGCUAAUUAUCUUUCACAGUUGAUUUUUGUCAUGUCUACUUGAAUUGUGUUUUCCUUUUUAUGAUCAUUUCAGUAUUUUAUUGUUUCUCAUCAGUUGAUUCUACCACUUCGACCCCCCCCUUUUUUUUUUUUUUGAGAAGGUCUGUUUUGGCAAACGCCAAGGAAUCAAGAUUUCUGUGCAAGAAAUAGAUUUUUAUGUGCCUGUGCGGGCUUUGAAUGUUUUCCAGGGUAGAUGAUCGGCUGCAGCACAAGUCCCAGGUUUGUGUGACUGUGAGGCAAAGGGCUCUCUGACUGCCGAGCUCUGCCCAAACUAGAUGCAAAGCCAAAAGAGAUCUGUCAACCCCCCUUCCCCAUCAUGUCAGCUGUAUGCCUCCCUCAUCUGUUUAACUGUAUCUGAAUAACCAAGUAUUGUUCAUGUACAGCCAUGUUUUUCCUCAAAAUGGUGAAAUAAAAGUGGCAAAUGCA